AUGGGACGUAUUCUAAUUGCUAAUCUGUUCCUACCUUCUACGGUAGGCUUCUCCUUCGAUACCGUACCUAGAGAUGCGCUCGGUUCGCGUUUCCUUCAACGCGAUGAAUCCAAGGAUUGGAUCGAAGACGCUCCGCUCGACGAAAAUGCCAUUCUCUCCGAAGAAGAAGAGGACGUGGAAGACUCUGAUGAUGAGCGUGGUACCGUGCUCUCUGAUCUCCCUGAAGAAGUUGACUCUUCUUCCAGACCUUCCUCCCUCCAUGCCUCUAAUGCUUCCAUGAGUAAACUCCGCAGCCACGCUGGUACCCCAACUGGCACCGGUAGUCCUAAAUUAGAUGACUCCCUUAGUAACCUCCAACGGUUAUUGAAAUCAAGGGGUCGCCGGCAUCAAGCCUUGAACGAUGAAGAAGGUCUCUCUUUACCUCCCUCUCGUCAUCAAUCUCCUCCCCCAUCUAAUGUCUUAGCCUCUUACAAACGCCGUAGCUCCAGUGACCGCGAUAUGCAAUCGUUUGCGCGUCGUGCCUCCCGUUCGCUUUCCUUCUCUACUGGCCCUGGGGCAAAUCUCAAUUCCCGCCGUAUGACCUUUGACGCCGAGGCUUGGCAGAAAAUUAGUUAUCGAAUCCUCCCCAAUUCCUACGGAAAUGCUAGCUUUUAUAAUGCUGUGAAUGCCGCAGACCGCACAGGAAAAUUUAGCGAUUAUGUCUAUAUCGGUACUUCUGGUGUCCCCACUGAUUCUCUUCCUGAUGUAGUAAAGAAAAAAAUUGCUGAUGAUUAUCGCAAUGGUCAUAAGUCCAUUGUCGUUUAUCCUUCCGAUACAGAUUUUGUCGGUCACUACAAUCACUACUGUAAAAAUAUUCUCUGGCCCACUUUCCACUAUCAAAUCCCCGAUAAUCCCAAAUCCAAGGCCUAUGAAGAUCAUUCUUGGUCCAACUAUGUCAAGGUCAACCAAAACAUUGCCGAUGCAAUUAUCGCUAACUAUCGCGAAGGUGACAUGGUUUGGGUAAAUGACUAUCACCUCCUGCUUGUUCCUCAGAUUGUUCGCGAACGUAUUCCAUCAGCUAAAAUCGGGUUCUUCUUGCAUAUCCCCUUUCCCUCUUCUGAAGUUAGCCGUUGUCUUGCUACUCGUCAAGAAAUCCUUCGCGGUAUGCUCGGUGCAAACAUCCUCGGUUUCCAAAUCCCUGAGUUUGCCUAUCAUUUCCUCCAAACCUGUUCGCGUCUCAUCAAUAUCGACAUUCGCAAGGAUGGCACUGUUUCUUUGGAUGGUCGAAAAGUAGAAAUUGUCGCCCUCCCUAUUUCCAUCGACCCCACUGCUCUAGAUAAGCAACUUUCUAGCACCCAAGUUCAACACUGGAUUCGUGUUUUGCGAGAUCGUUUUAAGGGAAAGCAUAUCAUCCUGUCACAUGACAAACUUGAUCCCAUUUGCGGUCUUCGCUCCAAGCUUCUUUCUUUUGAGAUUUUCUUGCACAGAUACCCAGAGUAUCGGGAAAACACUAUCCUUCUUCAAAUCGCUCCUGAAUCCCUUCAAGAUAAUUCUCAUCUGCCCCUUAUAUCCGACAUUGUAACCCGAAUUAAUUCGUCCUACUCCAACAUUGCUUCUCGCCAUGUCCCUGUUAUUUUGUUGAGACAAAAGAUUAACAUAUACCAAUUUUUGGCUUUGAUGACUAUUUCCGAUGCCCUUAUUGACAAUUCUCUGCGUGAAGGAAUAAGUUUGACGAGUCAUCAGUUCAUCUAUGCUCAACGCGAACGCCAUAGGCCCUUGAUCUUGAGUGAGUUCGUUGGUAGUUCAGCAAUUUUGGGACAUAAUGCCAUUAUUGUUAAUCCUUGGGAUUACUCCAAUACUGCCAACGCCUUCUACAGUGCCUUAUCUAUGUCUCCUGGUGAAUGUGAAGAGAGAAGCAAAAUAAUGUGCAAUCUUAUUCUUCGUCAUGAUGCUCUUUCUUGGGCCAUUACAUUUGCUACUCUCAUUAAAGAAUCUUGGAAGGAACAGCAGGCAAGUGAUAAGAACAAGCUUACCUUCAGUGCAGAUCUUAUCCUCGAUCCUUAUCGUAAUGCUAAGAAGCGUCUUAUUUUCCUUUACUUUGAGGGCACUAUUACGUCUUGGGGUUCUCAAAACCAGAGUGUGACAAGUGGCUUACAGAGAACGAUAAACCUUUUGACCAAUUUGACUGCCGAUCCUAAGAAUUUAGUGUAUAUUGUCAGUGCUCUUGGUCGACAAGAGUUAGAUCAACUUUUCCAGCGUGUUCCAAGAUUGGGUCUUGUUGCUGAAAAUGGCUGCUUCACACGUUCACCUCCGACUUCUGAUACCUUGCCUCCAUCUGAGCAGCAAAUAGCUUCUUUAUGGAAGAAUGAAAUGAAGAAUGUUGAUCUCAGUUGGAUGAAGACUGUUACUGAGAUUUUUGAAUACUAUGCUGAGCGUACACCAGGAAGCUAUGUAGAAGAAAAAGAUGCCAGUGUCGUUUUACAUUUGAGAGAAGCAGAAGAUUCGGAGUUUGCUUCUUGGGCGGCUAAGGAAUGCUGUGAGUCAGUUAAUAACUUUGAUAUUCCUUGCCAUGCUACGAUUCAGAACGACACGGUCGUUUGUCGUUCCAGCAAAGUAUCCAAACGUGUGGCUGCAGAAGACAUUUAUAAGUCUUAUGGUGCAGACUUUGAUUUUAUUUUUUCUGCAAGCAACGAAACAGAUGAUGACUCUGUUUUCCGCUGGAUUACCGGAUUCAAACACACGGGACCCAAGCCUCCAUUUACGCAUACAGUAUACGUAGGUGAUCAUGAUUAUAGUAAUCAUUCUGAUUCGGAAAGUUCAGGUGUUUUUGGAUUUUUGCAGGCAUUUGAAAAAGUCUUUACUUGA